AUUUAACCACACGCCGGCUAUUCCAUUACAUGGCCGGACGAGAAAAAGCCUCGUAGACGACGUGAUAUUACUUCCGUCGAAUGCCCCAACUCCUCCAGCCAAAUAUUAAAAAUACCCAUAACCACUUCAGUUCCUCUGCUUUUACGAUCUUCAACACCACUUGACUGCUUCCAACAACGCUCAUUACGUUGUAAAAUAUGUCCACCACACAACCACAAGAACGCAAGCCUGUGUUCCUCCUCUCACACCCCCGCACGGCGUCGAACCUCUUCAUGAAAAAUUUCCAAUCCCACCCUGAAGUCGUCCCUGUUGAAUAUCCAUUCAUAAACUCGUUCUUAUUCGGAACUGAAGCACAAUGUGACCGCAAGGGCCCGGAAAGAGAUGCGGCUCGAAUCCAAUUCCAGGAGAAUAAAGAAGCACCAAAGUCGUAUCACGAGGCUUUCAAGAAGCUCGAAGAAGUCAUUCGCAGAGCCGGCGAGCAGGAAAGGGUAGCAUUGGUGAAAGAGCAUAUUUACGCAUUUCUUAAGCCGUCGGUAAUUGACAGCAACAUCGAAACCCCUCGGCCACCUCGCGCCACUCCCCAGCUGCAACAGAAUGAUGCUGAGGUGAGAAUUUCAACUAACCCGACAUUGCUUCCCGACCACUUCAUGCUCUCGGUUUCACCCGUUUUCCUGAUUCGCCACCCGGCACUGGUAUUUCCCUCCUGGUACAAGAUUAGUACGAGUACCUUUGGCGCAGAUAUUGACGAUUGCGAAUUUCCAGUGGAAGUCUCCUUUCGUUGGUCUCGCAUUCUUUACGACUGGUAUUUGAACACAUGGUCAAAGGCCACGUCAAACUCCCCACUGAACCAGCAUCGCAAGCCAGCUGUGAUCGACGCGGACGACACGAUGUCCGAUCGCGCUGCUCUGGAGCGUCUAUGCCAGCAGCUUCAGCUCGACCCACAGCAGCUUAGCUUUGAGUGGCAAGUUGCGAAGACCGGGUUUCUUCCGUGGCUCUCUUCUAUCCAGAAAUCCACUGGUGUGGACAUGUCAAAGCUAUCCAAGGGCGUCGACACCCAGCAGGAAUUUGUGAAGUGGGAACACGAAUUUGGUUCUCAUGUGGCACACAAAUUGCUGCAUUUUGUUGAGCUGGCCAUGCCGGACUACGAGUACUUGCUAGCCCAACGGGGUUGAUCUUAUUGAGAGACUGGUCUUUGAAUGGGGGCAGCUGGAGAACUGACGAUCGCCGUGCGUAGUACAGCAUCUUAUCAUGGGUUUGAAUCGGCCAGAGUCCGUUAGUAAAUAAACUGUGUUGAAUUACACAAUGGGAAUUUCUAACUGGCCUUGAAAAUACCCGAAGGAUUUAUGUGUCCGAGUUGAGUUACACAAGGGAUAAUGACCGACGAAACACGCAUCGCUGUUACAUCUUGAGCCAUGAUAUUCAUUACCACUAUUCCAUUCUUGAGCAUCAAACCAAAGCCUUAGCAAAGAUCACUUUCAAGAUGCGGCUGCUCUAAUCACCUAGACCCGUAUCUUACGCGUCAAAAGCUUGCUUGCACUUUGGAUUUCCAGAGUUUCUAUUUCUGUUUAACUUGAGCAUGGAAUCCUUGUUAGCGUA